AUGGCCGGGGUGCAGGGCUGCGGCGAGGGGAAGAUCGCGGGGCUGUACGACCUGGAGCGCACGCUGGGCAAGGGCCACUUUGCGGUGGUGAAGCUGGCGCGGCACGUCUUCACCGGGCAGCGGGUGGCCGUCAAGGUGAUCGACAAGAGCAAGCUGGCGGGGGAGGCGGCGGGGCAGCUCCUGCAAGAGGUGCGCUGCAUGAAGCUGGUCCAGCACCCCAACGUGGUGCGCCUCUACGAGGUCAUCGACACCCACGCCAAGCUCUACCUCAUCCUGGAGCUGGGCGACGGCGGCGACAUGUUCGACCACAUCAUGCGGCACGAGGGCGGGCUGGCCGAGGUGCGGGCCAAGCACUACUUCGCCCAGAUCGUCCACGCCAUCUCCUACUGCCACAAGCUGCACGUGGUGCACCGCGACCUCAAGCCCGAGAACGUCGUCUUCUUCCAGGAGCAGGGGGUGGUCAAGCUCACCGACUUCGGCUUCAGCAACCGCUUCCAACCCGGCAAGAUGCUCACCACCAGUUGCGGCUCGCUGGCCUACUCGGCGCCCGAGAUCCUGCUCGGGGAUGAGUACGACGCCCCGGCUGUCGACAUCUGGAGCCUGGGGGUCAUCCUCUACAUGCUGGUGUGCGGCCAUCCCCCUUUCCAGGAGGCCAACGACAGCGAGACCCUCACCAUGAUCAUGGACUGCCGCUACACUGUCCCCCCGCACAUCUCGGCACAGUGCUCUGAUCUCAUCUCCAGGAUGCUGCAGCGGGAUCCGAAGCAGCGAGCCUCCCUGGAGCAGAUCGAGGGCCACACGUGGCUGCAGGGGGUGGACCCGUCCCCUGCCAGCCGCUGCUUGCUGCCCCUCACCUCCCACAAGCGCGUGUCCGAGGAGGAGCACGAGAUCAUCCUCCGGGCCAUGACGUGCGGGAACAUUGCCGAUCGGGACACCAUCCAGGAGACCAACUUAUCGGACACGUUCGGCCCCGUGGGCAGCGCCGGCGGCCUCUUGCCCUUCAGGGAGAGCGGCUCUGCUGGGGUCCCCCAGGUGCUGGGGGCAGAGACGACUCCCACUGCCCUCCCGGGCCCCACGGACAAGUCCCCAGGACCCGGGUCACCUGCGAGCCCGGCCCCGGGUGGCACCGAGGGGGGCGUGGAGAGCGUCAUCAAGCUGGACCCGGGCAAGAGCAAAGGCGGCAGCCUGCGGGACAGGCUCCUGCAGAGCCCGCUCUGCGAGAAAGCCCUGGCCUUCAAAAUCCGGCCGGGCUCCAAGGAGAGCCUCCUCUCGCUGGGGCAGUUCAACUGCUGCCACGUCAUUUAA